GUUCAAGGCGGGGAGAUGCUGACUGCGCCGAACUGACGAGUGCGGGCCCCCCGGGUUAGUGGCGACUCUCCCUUGGCGUCUUCCCUAGCGGCGCGGUAGGCGCCGGCUCCUCGGAUGAGCCCUUCAGUUCCCGGACUUUGAGAGGCGUCUGUCCCCCGCCCGACCGCCCAGAUGCAGUUUCGUCUCUUCUCCUUUGCCCUCAUCAUCCUGAACUGUAUGGAUUACAGCCACUGCCAAGGCAAUCGAUGGAGACGCAGUAAGCGAGCUAGUUACGUAUCAAAUCCCAUUUGCAAAGGUUGCUUGUCUUGCUCAAAGGACAAUGGGUGCAGCCGAUGUCAACAGAAGUUAUUUUUCUUUCUUCGAAGAGAAGGCAUGCGCCAGUAUGGAGAGUGCCUGCAUUCCUGCCCAACCGGGUACUACGGACACCGAGCCCCAGACAUGAACAGAUGUGCACGAUGCAGAAUAGAAAACUGUGAUUCUUGCUUUAGCAAAGACUUUUGUACCAAGUGCAAAGUAGGCUUUUAUUUGCAUAGAGGCCGUUGCUUUGAGGAAUGUCCAGAUGGUUUUGCACCAUUAGAUGAAACCAUGGAAUGUGUGGAAGGAUGUGAGGUUGGUCAUUGGAGCGAAUGGGGAACUUGUAGCAGGAAUAAUCGCACAUGUGGAUUUAAGUGGGGUCUGGAAACCAGAACACGGCAAAUUGUUAAAAAACCAGCAAAAGACACGAUACCAUGUCCAACCAUCGCUGAAUCCAGGAGAUGUAAGAUGGCCAUGAGGCACUGUCCAGGAGGGAGGAGAACGCCAAAGGCAAAGGAGAAGAAGAACAAGAAGAAGAAGAGGAAGCUGAUAGAAAGAGCCCAGGAGCAGCACAGCGUCUUCCUAGGUACGGACAGAGCUCACCAGUAAAAUAAAAGACACAGGGGUGGAUUUCUUUUUUUCUUUUUUUUUUUUUGGCAGGAGGGUGGUGGUUUUGCAAAAGUGCACAAAUCUACUCUCCACUCCUGGACACUGGUAUGUGGCAUUUGUGCUGCUCUGACCGGUACCUGUUCCCAGUAACAUUGUGAAAGGAGGAGGCACGAAUGUGGUCCCUGUGUUAUUUAUGCUUUGAUUUGCAUCUGGAGACUGUGAAGGCUGGCGCUUGUGACCUGCAGCAGUGGAAGCAGGAAUGAGUGUGCAACCGGUGACUCAGCUGGCUGUGUGGCACCAAGGGAGCCGUCCCUGGCACCAUGGAGAGGCGGGAGGUGUGAGGCUGCAGACCAGACCCCCCUCCCCCCGCCAGAACAGACUUGUGCAUAUUUAUGGGAAUGAUGAUGCUCGGCAGGCAAAGUGCUAUUUCACUUGUGACCUUUCUUUCUCCUGUUGUGCAUUUUCAAGGCUAAGUGUACCAGGAUAUCUGCUUAGUGUUACCGCAUGUUGUUCUCAGCACCGGCUACCUUCCAACUGGUGUGCCCUGAAAUUGCGUGUAGCUGGGGCUCUGCUACCGGAAUUCCCGCUCAGUUUCACAGCAGCUCGGAUGUGUACAUAUUCUGCUGGGGCAACAUAGAAACCUCUUAUUUACUGUAUAUUUAUGCUUUCUUCUGUGUAACAAUUC